GCCCUCUCUCGAUACUGUAAUGGCGCGGUGAAUUUGAAUACGACUCCCGGGAGCUGGAGCAACACAGUAAAACUUAAAGAAAUACGUCAAAUUUACUAGGACCCUGUACUGUGCUGCUGAUAACUGCUGCUUGCCUUUGGGCUUGAAGACAGGCUAGGCUUCAGCAAGAUGCAACAACCAGGAGAAAUGCCCCUUAGAGAAAUACAGCAUGGAAACAUUGGUAUGGGACCAGGUAGUGAGGCUGACCUAGCCAAGGUGGCUGCUUUGAUGAAAAAGGCAAAGAGUGCUGUUGAAGAGGGCCACCCAAGAGCAGCUUUGGAAAUAUUACAGAAGGCAGCUGAGAUACAGAAGACCGAGAAAAUUCUCAAGAGAAUAUUUAAAUUAGAGGCAUAUCUUGCUGAGAAUGGAUCUGAGGAUGAAGAUGAAGAAGAUGACAACAUGGCUCAUGUUGGCAAGGGAUUCUAUAUCUACAAAGAUCUCUAUAAGAGAUUGUAUGAAUAUCAGAAGGAAUCACUUCUUUGGUUUUGGCGUCUCCAUCGGAAGCAGAAAGGAGGCAUUCUUGGAGAUGACAUGGGACUUGGUAAGACUGUGCAAGUAGUUGCCUUUCUAAGUGGUCUCUUUGACAUGGAGCAGGUUGAAAAUGUGCUCAUUGUUGUACCUGUAGCCCUCAUCAUCAACUGGGAAAGAGAAUUCAAGAAUUGGGCUCCAGGCAUAGGAGUUCAUACAUUCCAUGGUGCUAGCAAGAAAGAAAGGGAACGCUUACUAGAGAGAGUACAGAGGAGAGGUGGUGUUUUGAUGGUUAGCUAUGGACUGGUUGUAACGUGCUGGGAACAGAUUAAUCAUUAUCGAUGCAAUGAUUUUGUCUGGGAUUAUGUAAUCCUUGAUGAAGGUCAUAAGAUCAAGAACCCUACAAAGACUACCAAAGCUGUAAAUGCCAUUGCAGCUAAGCACCGUUUCAUCUUGUCUGGUACACCCAUACAAAACAAUCUCAAAGAGCUUUGGUCUCUCUUCAACUUUGUGACACAUGGGACUUUGCUGGGUACACUGCAGACCUUCAAAUCAGAGUAUGAUAGUCCUAUCACAAGGGCAAGAGAAAAAGAUGCCACUGCAAGUGAGAAGCUCCUUGGCAAUGAGAUGGCAGAGAGCCUUCGCCUCCUUAUAGCACCAUACUUCUUAAGACGGACCAAGGCAGAUGUAUUAGAGAACAAGAAGGAGAGUAAUCAGGAUGAUUUAGAUAGUGAGGCCAGUGGAUCUACACGGGGAUCCCUAUCACCUGAUAAUGUUAUUCCCUCCCUGACAAGAAAGAAUGAUCUGAUCGUUUGGUUAUCAUUGACCGAUACCCAGAUUAAUAUCUACAAGGAUUUCAUUAGUCUAGACAGGGUCAAAGAAUUGCUGAUGACCAAGCGAUCACCUUUAGCUGAGCUUACGAUCCUCAAGAAAAUCUGUGAUCAUCCCAGACUGCUGUCAAACCGGGCUUGUAGACAACUAGGGCUAAAGAUGUUUGAUGAAGGGUAUGAUGAGAAUGAUGAUCCUGAUGAAAUGGAGUGUGCUGCGAACAGUAUCCAUGCUAUCAGUGAAGAAACGCUCUUCUUAGAGUCUGGUAAACUCCAGUUUCUUGUCAAAUUACUCACCAAUCUUAGAGAAGAGGAUCACAGAUGUCUUGUUUUCAGCCAGUCACGCAAGAUGCUUGAUAUUGUGGAGAAGAUCCUCAAAGCAAGGGGGUUCAAGCUGAUGCGUCUUGAUGGCACCAUCACCAAGAUGAGUGAUAGAGAAGAUAGGAUCAGUCGUUUCCAAAGAGAUCACUCCUACAGUGUGUUCCUACUCACAACUCAAGUAGGAGGGGUGGGGCUGACGUUGACAGGUGCAAACAGGGUCGUCAUCAUUGAUCCUAGCUGGAAUCCAGCGACAGAUAACCAGGCCGUUGACCGGGCUUACCGUAUCGGCCAGACAAGGACAGUGGUCAUCUACCGUCUUAUUACAUGUGGCACAGUGGAGGAGAAGAUAUACAGAAGACAGAUCUUUAAGGAAUCCUUGACCAAACAGACCACCGGUAGCUCCAAGAAUCCUUAUCGUUUGGGGUCAUUCCAUAAAGGUCGGACGUACAUUCGGACACAUUUAAGAGCUGAAUCUCCUUUGAUUUAAUAGCAGCGUUUUAAUUUUUCCAGUAUAUUAUAACAUGUGACCUAGGCUAUCAUUACACCAUGACAGGACCAGGCUGCUAUAUAAAGAAUAGAAAAUAUGGGCAAAAAUGUGAGGGGUCGGACGUACAUCAGACAAAAGCAGGUUUUAUGCUUUUAAAGUUCAUGUCAAAAUCUCUGUGAUUUGUGUGAUGCAGUUACUGAAAUUCUAGUAUUGGCUGUUAGCUAAAGGAUGAAUCUUUAAAGAACUGAAGUGAAGAAAUUGAUAGACAUUGCCUUGUUUUAGUUACAGGCUGAUCUAUUUGGGGUCGGACGUACACUUUGAGGGGUCGGAUGUACAUUGUGCAAAAUAUUUGCACACUGUACGUCCGACCCCCUUUGAAGAUCAGUUACACAAAACGUAGAAAUUCUAAACUGGAAUUUUUUUGUUAUACAUACUGCUUGGAUAGUUGUCUUUCACAUAAGACAGAAUUAACAAAUUAAUCUGAUGCUGGUGAAGAGUUUUGCUUGAUUAUAGUUGACAUGCAUCCAGACAAUGUACGUCCGACCCCAAUACUGAUUUUCUUACAAUCAAGCAAAAUACUCCUCAUAUCUGUUAUAAAUGAGUCAGAGGGGUUAAACUGUUUCCAUUUUGAUAUCUACAUUUUUAGACCACAUCAAUAACAAACAACACAACUAUUCACACAAUGCAGGAUAUUUUUAAUAUUAAACUUCAAGUAAAAUGUAUCUUUUUUAAUGGUUUGCAAAAGACCUGACAAAGAAUUUCUUCAACAUUAAAAAACUUAUCCUGUUACAAACUUUGUUUAAACAAGGUGGGUUUCGAAUAAUGAGUCUUCCCUGAUGUUGCAAUCAAUGUAUGCAUUAUGACCUUUUGACCCCUAGAUGACCUUUGAUCUUUCCAUCCUCAACUUCCUCAAGAACAUAUGUGGUUUUUCCCACUGAUCGUUUUGUUCCAAGUUUGAGCAAAAUUAAUGCAGAAAUACAACAUUUGACAUUUUUAGCCCCAGAUGACCUUUGACCUCUCCAUUCUCUUUACCCAUGGAUAAUUUGAUCCAAGUUUGAAAACAAUUGAUGCACAAAAACCUUUACCUUUAGCAACAGUGUAACCCCCUGAGUCAUUUGUAAUAUGUGGAGCAAUUUGAUUGACUGUAAGAAAAUCAGUAUGGGGGUCGGAUGUACACUGUCUGAAUGCAUGUCAACUAUAAUCAAGCAUAACUCUUCACCAGCAUCAGAUUCAUUUGUUAAUUCUAUCUUAUCUGAAAGACAACUAACCAAACAAUCAUAACCACUUAUCAUAUCAUUUGUUACAAGUUUGAACAAUAUUGAUGCACAAAAAAAAGAAAUUUGAUUUAUACAAAAACUGUCAAAAAAUGACUGAAUAGCCUCUUGUCUUUUGACUCCAAGAUGACCUUUGACCUCAUCAACACAAACAUGGUAUAAGGAUCAUUUGUACCAAGUGUGAACAUGGUUGAUGCAGAAAUAAAGAAAUGAGAAUAAGUCAGAAUUAAAUGAAUAACCCUUCACAUUUUCAUAACUUACACCCCUGUUGGCAAAAGUGGAAUAGUCUUGACACCCAUGUAUCAUUAUAGCAAUGGGCAGAUCUAUUUCCCAUAGAGGGGCGAGUGCUGUAUCUGAGAUUGAGGGGAAUAGGCAAUUUCUUAUUUUAUAUGUAUGGAACUUCUUUGUUUAAUAAAUUUCUCAUGUAUUUGUAUGUUUUUAUUUCGAUUUUUUUAAUUUCCUGCAGGCUAUUGUUCAAUCAUAAUUACCACUAAAUUGAAUGAUAAUUUGAGAUGAAAAAAGACAGUUUCCAUUGAAUGUGUACACAAAACACAAAUAAAUCAUCAUUUCUUGAAGAUGAUAUCAUAUGAAAAUCUACAUAUUGUCAAAAAUGAGUGGUAUUUUUUGUGAAAUUGGUCUCAAAACUUGUGCAAGACUUC